CUCUUGCAAAUUCCCUCGUUCAUCUCACGCGACGAACCUGAAACUCUUGCGCGCGCUUGCGAUAUCAGUAAACCACAGGACUGCUUCAGUCCCCGUCCCGCCUGCACUCACCAUCAUGGCAAGUCAUAUCAGGGUCGAGCCUGUCGGUUGGCAAUACAAACAACGGGAAACCGAUGAGAGACCUUUGUCAGAGGAAAUGGUCUGCCCAGGAUGGUCCGCCUGCUCGCAAUUCCCCACCGAGAUUCACCUCGAGUUGAUGAAAGCUAAGAAGAUACCGCAUCCCUAUAAGGGCAGGAACGAGCAUGAAGUCCAAUGGGUCUCGAAGCGUCAUUGGCUUUUCAGGAGCGAAAUCCAUGUCAGCGCUUCCGAUCUUCAAUCGCGCAACCAUUUCGAGCUGGAAUUCGAAGGCUUGGACACGUUUGCUACGGUGUAUCUCAACGGUAAUCAGAUACUCGAAUCUGACAAUCAUUUCCUCCCACACCAUAUUACUCUUGACAAACAAGAUCUGAAGGAAAAGAACGAACUCGUCCUAGUCUUUCACCCUCCGUUAGAGAUCGCUAAGAAAAGAGAAGAGCAAUACGGCAAGGUUCGUGCAGGGUCAUGUAAUCUGGGCGACCCUUGCCGAGUAUAUGUUCGCAAAAUGCAAAGCUGCUGGCGAUGGGAUUGGGGCCCAGAGCUGCUGACUAUGGGACCCGAUCGCGCUAUCAUCCUGCACAUGUCUACAUUGACCAUCAAUCCCUGGGUACGGAGUGAAGUGGAUGAAAACUUGAUACCACAUCUGUCGCUUGAUCUAGGUCUCUCAGUCUCGGUUCUCCCGGAGCAAAAGGUCGAAGCCGAAGUCGUGUUGACUUCACUCGCGCCAGAGCAACGCCAGAUCAAGAGCGAGAGGAAGGAGAUCACCGGGACCGGCGAAAUGUUUGUUGACUGGGAUUUGCACAACCUUGUCGAACUCUGGUGGCCAAACGGGUCUGGAACUCCGCACCGUUAUCAGCUAGAUAUCAGACUCUUUGAUACAGAGGGUGUUGUACUAGACGUCCAUAACAGCAAGAUCGCUUUCCGAAGAGCCAAACUGAUCCGUCGGCCGCUAGAAGGCCAGCCGGGCUCGACGUUCAUGUUCUCGAUCAAUAAUCGACCGAUCUAUGCUGGAGGUUCCAAUUGGAUACCUACGGACCAGAUCCUUCCAAUGAUUGAGCCGGAAAGAUACACCAAACUGCUCGAAUUGGCGGCCGAAGGCAAUCAGAAUAUGAUUCGUUGUUGGGGAGGCGGGGUCUACGAACCAGACUCUUUCUAUGAUACGUGUGACCGUCUAGGCCUGAUGGUUUGGCAGGACUUCAUGUUUAGCUGCGCGGUCUAUCCCUGCCACGCAGAGUUCGUUGCCAGCGUUCAGGCCGAAGCUAUUGCCAACGUCAAGAGACUACGCCGUUUCGCAUGCAUCGUGCUAUUUUGCGGCAACAAUGAAGACUACCAGCAGAUACUGCAAUGGAACAUUGUGCCUCAGGUCUUGCCAGCGCAAGUCAUCUACGAGCAAGUGCUUCCAGACAUCGUUCGCGAGCAUACUCAAGUGGAUUAUUGGCCGGGAAGCCCGAAUAAAGUACCAGGGGACAGUUGGAAGACCGACGAUCCUACCCAGGGCGAUGUUCAUAGAUGGGAGGUUUGGGCUGGCACACGUCCUUGGCAGGAUUACGAUCUUCUCAAUGGUCGCCUAGUCUCAGAGUUCGGAAUGCCGAGCGCCCCCGACAUCAGAACCAUCGAUUGGUGGUUGGAGGGCGGUACAUCCGAAAGGUAUAUUGAUUCCAAAAUGAUGACUCAGCACAACCGGGCGGGUAGUCACGUCAAGCGGUUCGCUGUACAUAUGCUCGAGCUGUUCCGCAUGACAGGUGACUUUGAAACGUGGGCAUAUCAGACCCAGAUCUUGCAAUCCGAAGCGCUUGGUUUCGCCUAUCGAUCGUGGCGUCGACAGUGGAAAGGGAAGGGCAAAGAAUUCAACUCCGGGGCGCUGGUGUGGCAGCUCAACGAUUCAUUCCCGGUCACGAGCUGGAGCAUCAUCGACUAUUUCCUGCGACCCAAGCCGGCUUACUUCGCGGUCAAGCGCGAACUUUCGACCGUAACAGUGGCCAUUGCACGCACAGUCGAGAAGAAUCGAGAAAAUGACCGACCGCGGCAGUUCUACGAGUUCGGAGCUUUCCAGACUAGAGAUGUGCAUCUCGACAUCUGGGGCAGCAAUGCCUCCGAUUCUCCAGUUAAGGCGACGCUCGUGGUGACGGCGAUCGACCUUGCGAAUCCCACCUGGCAUAAAAGGUCGCCUGAUGUUCCUGUGACUCUGCAGCCGAACGCCUCGACGGAUUUCCACACGAACCUGCCCAUUCCCGAGCCAACCGAAAAUGUAUCGGAUCCCAUUGCUCCUAGUGGUACAGUUGUGGUGCAAGUUCAGCUCGUUGCCAUGGAUGGGAAUACACUCGCAUCGCGCUGCGAUUGGCCACAGCCGUAUCGUUUCCUCAAUUUCCCGGAUCCGAAGCUUAAUGUUCGGCGCGAGGGGGAGCGCCUCAUUAUGACUGUGCAGCAGCCGCUCAAGGGGUUGGUUCUCAGCUUGGCAGAAUGGAAAGAAGGAGAAGCGGAGGUCAAGUUUGAAGACAACGGUUUGGAUCUCUUCCCGAACGACUGCGUGACUGUAGUCGCGAAAGGAUUAGCAGAUCGACCGCUGCGAGCGAGGUACAUGGGGACUGAGCAGGGUAUCAUUGUCUGA